AUGGAGUCCCUUCCAAGUGCUCGAAUUGUGCACCUUUAUAGGUGGCAGGGUGCCAAUGGAUAUGGGUUUGUUUUGAAGGAAGAAAAAUCAAAGAAGGAAUUCUGCAUCAAGUCCGUGGAGGCCGGUCUGCCUGCGGAGGCAGCUGGUGUCAUGACAAAUGAUUGUGUCAUUGAAGUGAAUGGUCGGUUGGCGAGUUCCAUGACUUAUAAUGAUGUGGUUGAGGAAAUCAAACGAGAUCCCCAGAAGGUCACACUGAUGCUCCUUCAGCCGUACGAGAAGCAAGUGCUCAAGAGGCGAGGAAUUGAGUUGUCUUCCAAAACAUGCUCUGCACAGAUUGUCAUUGGACGCAGGCAACGCGAUGAUACGACCAGUAUGGUUUGUGAAAAGAUGUCAGCCGAUACCAUUUCGAAAUCCCUUAUAAACUGCGACGCCGGAACAGCUGCAAUGCUGAACAAGCAAAAACUGGACCUCUUAUCGUCCUUGUGA